AUGACCAAAGAGUAUGCCAUGAGAUAUGCUAAUAAUGAGAAAGAAAAAGUAUACAUCAACUCAUCACUACUUCAAAUUGGCCUGUUCCCUUCAAAUCAUCGCAUCCCUGUCUGGAAAUCCAAGCCUGAAAUUCUCAAAAACUUAUCAACGGCUGGGCGUGAACACCUUGGACCGUAUCAGAUUCUUUCUACGACUUGGAGCCACUGGUCAACACCAGAGCCAUCACCUGAACCACCACACCUCAACAAAACCCAAAACCAACCCAAACUACCAACCACCCCUCCCAAACCCCCUCAAAGAUGUCUACCAGCCCCCCAGCCCCUCAAGUUGAGAACUUUGUCCACCCAAUCACCUUCCAAGCCCCUCAAGGCCAGCCCUCAGCCCAUCAAGAGAAUCCCUCAGCCCCUCAAGAGAAUCCCUCAGACCCUCAAGAGGAACCUCAAGCCCAUCAAGACAAGCCCCCAGCCCAUCAGAGAGCCUCAACCCCUUCAGACAGCCUCAUCAGAAGACCCUCAAGCCCAUCAAGAAGAGCCUUAA